UUUCCGGUUUGGGGUUGACAAAAAAAAUCGUCGUAAAUUAUUUUGUUUUGUUUUACGUUUUACAUUGACACAGUUAUUUGUUUUAAUAUUUCAUUCGAGAAAGUCAUAAUAGUUUACCUUACGAAGAUAUUGGGCCAUAUUGUUUUGAAAACUGCCAGCAUGGCGCAUGUAUCAGUGAACAUCUGAGGAUAAUUUAUCAAAAUAUUAGAUUUACAACAUCAGACCACAGACAACAUCACAGUUAAAAUAGCACCAUGCUGCGAAAGAAAUUCCGGAGAGAAAUUAAGGAUUCCACAAGACUUUCCUUCGAGAGGGAACUACAUGUAACAAAGACGCUAGUGAACCGACUCGGUCUGGAUCAUGAGCUGGAUGGUCAUAGUGGAUGUGUGAACUGUCUGGAGUGGAAUGAGACUGGAAGCUUGCUGGCCAGUGGGUCUGAUGACGUACAAGCUAUUGUCUGGGAUCCAUUUCGGAAAAAACAUCUUGCAAAAGUUCAAACUGGCCACCAGGGGAAUAUAUUCACAGUCAAGUUUUUGCCAAGCUCGAAUGACAACAUACUGGUGACUGGUGCAGCGGAUAGCAAGAUUCGCGUCCACGACAUUGAGGCGAAUGAGACAACCCACGUUCUCACAUGUCAUACGAGUCGGGUGAAGAGAAUCGCCACUGCGCCGAAACAGCCCUUUAUGUUUUGGAGUGCGGCAGAGGAUGGUUGUGUGAUCCAAUAUGACCUUCGAUGUCCAGAGUUGUGUAAGCCCAACAGCAAAAAUGUCCUUGUGAAUCUCGACUCCCACAUCGGCAUACAGUCAGAAUUCAAAUGUAUUGCUAUAAACCCGGCACAGCCAGAACUGAUGGCAAUUGGCGCCAAUGAUCCGUACGUCCGUGUGUAUGAUCGAAGGAUGCUCACUUGUCAGAGUUUGAAAACAUCAGAGGAUGGACACCAAAGAUUCUCACAAGGGGAUGAAUUUCCACUGCCUCGAGGAUGUGUGGAGUAUUAUGUGCCAGGUCAUAUACCACAGAAGAAGGAUGAUUAUCGAAAGAAGUUACGAGCACUGGCAGCAACAUAUGUGACAUUCAGCCCAGACGGCAGGGAAUUGCUUGUGAACCUUGGUGGUGAACAGAUCUACUUAUUUGAUGUGAAUAGAAAACGACAAAUUGAAAAGUUUGACCUCAAUAUGGUGCUAACUUCAUCAAAUGGGAUCGUUAAAGGGGCGAGUCACUCUGGUGUGAAUGGAUUCAGUCCGUAUCCAAAUGGCUCAACAACAAAUGGGGUAACUAACGGAGUCUCGAGACAUCUUCACGAGACUGUACAUGCUCAGGCCGCAGCCGGGGAUGCUUGCAUGGAGGAAAAACCUGCUAUGAAAAAGUCCAAAUCAGACAAGAAGCCCCUUCCGCAGAUAGUAGAAAGCCUCAAAAAGAAAGCUAAUGCCUAUUUUGAGAAGGAACAAUACACCAAAGCGAUAAUUUUGUACAAUCAGGCAAUUAUGAGAGCCCCACAGGCAUCCAUGUUGUACGGGAAUAGGGCCGCGGCAUACAUGAAGAGGAAAUGGGAUGGGGACAUCUACGCAGCAUUACGUGACUGUCAUAUGGCUUUACGACUCGACUUGAACCACCUCAAGGCUCAUUUCCGACUAGCCAAGUGCUUGAACGAGCUCUCCUGGUGUACAGAAGCUUUUGAGUGCCUGAAACACUUUAAGAGCAAAUUUCCAGACUACGCUACAUCACGGGCCUGUGAACAACUGGACAAGGAUAUCAGAGCGGCGAUGUUUGCUCGGACGGAAAGUGAAGAGAAAAAGACCACCUCUGGAACAGAGCUAUGGUCCAACAAAACUCAUCAGACAUCGGAGCUGGAGAAAAUAUGGCGGGCAGAGGCCAACGAUUAUGAAGCGAGAUUUUGUGGCCACUGUAACACAACCACCGAUAUAAAGGAAGCUAACUUCUUUGGAAGCAAUGGCCAGUAUAUAGUUGCGGGAUCUGAUGACGGCUCAUUCUUUAUCUGGGAGAAGAGCACCGCAAACAUAGUCCGUGUUUUACGAGGUGAUGAGUCGAUAGUCAACUGUCUCCAACCCCACCCAUCAUUCUGUCUUCUCGCUACCAGUGGUAUUGACCAUGUUGUGAGACUUUGGAGUCCUCAACCUGAGGAUGGUUCCAAAAAUGACCGUGAGGUUGACAACUCUGAUGAUGCAGCACUGGCCAAUCAGAAGCGCAUGAAUGCUGACCCCUUAGAAGUGAUGUUGAUGAACAUGGGGUACCGACUGAGCUCUGUUGAUGAUGGAGAAGGGGAGGGGGGCCCCAGAGGUGAUGCCCAGGUCACUUGUCCAACAAGCUGAGGUCACACCCCUUUGGGAGUUUAGGAUUUAAGUUAUUCUUAGUACCGGUACUUAGCAUCUCAGCCUUAGGCCUUGACCCAUGAUUUAAGGAUCUUAAAAUCUUAAAUGAUUUUAACUAUCAUGCGUCACAGUUUGAGGUCAUGACCUCUUGAUGUUAUUUAGAGCAUUGUACAUGUUACAGGUCGAGUCCCUGAUCUAUAUUGACUUUUAAGUAUCAUGUGUGUCCAUUCAAGCCAUGCCCACAGACAAUAAGUUACUAUUAGCAUGUUUAACAUGUUAGAGGCUGACCCAACAAUAAAUAGUGAUUUUAAGUAUCACAUUUGUUAGUUCGAGGCCAGGCUCCAAAGUGUAAGUGUUAUUUUUAGCAUUGUAAAUGUAUUAGGUUCAGGAUGACUAUCUAUAGUGAUACUAAGUAGCAUUUGCAGCAGUUCAAGACCACACCCCACCAGCUUAAUGUUAUUUCCAGCAUUGUACAUGUUAGAGGCUGAGGUGACGACCUUUAGUGAUUUUAAAUAUCAUCUGUGUCAAUUUAAGGUCACGCCUUAAAAAGUAAUUGUUAAUAUUUGGCAUUCUACAUGUUCGAGGCUGAGGCGACUAUCUUUAGUGAUUUUAUGUAUCAUGUGUGUCAGUUCAAAGCCAAGCCCCACAGAGUUAAUGUUAUUUUUAGCAUUGUACAUGUUAGAGGUAUCAGUUAUUUAUAGCAUUUUGUUUGUCCAGAGGUUCAGCCCACGCCUCUCGGAUAUGAUAGGAUUAGUGGAUAUUUAGCCUGAAGUUUUGUUAUUUACUGUUGACUCAUGUGAUUUUUAUGCCACCGCAGAAAUCUUGAGACAUAUCGAGUUGCUAUGAACGAGUUAUUGUUCGGAGACUUUAGGCAAAAACCUAACUAGUUCUGAGGUCAUCUCAUGAAUAAGUGUACGACAAAAUAUUCUAAGGUGAGUUAACUGUCAAGUCAGUGUCACUAUUUAAAUUGAAAGUUGAACUUGCGAUAUUACAAACUAUUACUUUUGAAAUCGAUAUUGUAACUGAAAAGAAAUUAAAAUUCACAAAUAUUAUCUUACAAAAUGUGCAGUGAGAUGAUUAACGGUUUGUGCAUAAAACUUAUUACAUAAAAAUGUCAGGUAUUAAUCUCGAAUAUUGAAAAAUAUUCUUAUAGGAGUACGUAAAAGUGGCGAGUUCUGAGAAAAGACAUGUAUUAUUUUGCCGAUGAAAAAAGUGUUUUUAGAUGUUUAAAAGGUUGUAUUUCUUAAGUUGAUAAAUGAAAUUAGACCUUAAAUGUUCUUCCUUCAAAAUUUUGAUAAAUGUUUAUGCUCAUUUAUUUUACAAGUAAUAAGAUAAUUAUUAUGAUAAGAGAAGGAAUAAAGUGUAUUUCAGUAUAUUUGACCAUAUUUUUAGCUUAUCUGUUUUUUGAAGAAUUCUUUGUGUUGAUGCCCACGUCCCAGUGUUCUGCAAAAACUCUAACCUUGACCAUAACUCCAAAACUGUUCAAGAAAUUCAAAUAAAACUUGGUACACAUGACACAAUAUGUGCAUUUAUAGCAAGGCCCAUAACUCUUGCUUUAAUAAUUAUUGAGUUAUGCCCCUUCUUUGACUGAAAAAACACGCUUGAUGAUAUUAAACUCUCUUGCUAUUCUCGAAGAUUAUUUACAAAACAUAUUGUAUUCAGUCUAGAAUUACAUUUUACAACAAUUCUUCUUACAAGCAAAUAUUAAAGAGAGUUCAAAAGCAGGGGUGGGGGAAGCCUUUCUGUCCAUUUUUGCAAAAGGAAAUGGUGAGGGAUUUGUCCUACUGGUACUCUCCUUAAAUACAUAUAGUUAUCAAAGAUCAUUAACAUUUAUUGAAUAAAGUCAUCUGCAGCCAAUGUUAUAAAACUUUGAUAAGUUGUCACAUGUAAUUUUUUGGCUUGUUAAUUGACUCAUUAAAACGAUUUGAUUAAUUAGUAGUUAUUAUUGGAUAAAUAUUGACCAAUCAAUAAACAUUUUGGAUAAAUUUGACCAAAUUUGAAAACUUAACCGGUUUUAUAAGAUUGGCUUCUGUUAUAUAAAUCAUGGCAAUGUAUGUAGUUGUAAAUAGAUCUUGAUAAUCAAUUAGCAGAAUUUAACUGUGUUAUUUAUGUUGAAUAUUUGAAUUGUUUAUUGCACCUUCCAAAGUUAGUAGUUCUAUAUAAAGAACAUUGAAACUGCUUAUACUUAUUUUUCAUUUACUUUUAUUGUAAUGAUGUGAAAUUUGUCUUUUCAUAGGAAAUACGACUAGCUCAAUGUGAUAUAUUUUUGAAAGCAACAUUUCUAUCAUUUUUACCUCCUUUUUUAUAAAGGAUCACUAUAGCAGUGUUUUAUACCAACUGCAUGUAUUUGCCAUAUUAAAUAAAAGCCUGUACAUUUAUUUGCGUGUGAUGUAAGCUGUAAGCUGAAAUCGUGUUAAUCUGUCUUUCUGGGCUGUUACAAAACAUGUUAAGUCAUUUCCUAACUGAAGUCAUUUCCCUAAAUUAAGUAAAUCACCAGUCUUUUAAUAUAAUAUCUCAUCCAUAAUUUUAAAACUAUUUAUACUAUUCUUUUAUUUUGAUAAUGACAAUUUUGAGACGAGAGCCACCAAAGGCUUAAAUACUGUUUUUAUUGUGUGAAAUAAAAAAAUCCCUGAUGAUCGAUUUAAACAUCAAAGAUGGAAUACUCCAAGUGAGGUCAUCCUGAUGAUUUGACCAGAGCUUGACGGAAAUUGCCGAGGCAAAUCAACAGGUUUACCUGUGGGAUGCACGCCUGUGAUUAUUUGUACAUAACUCUGUUUAAAAUAAGUAUUUCGUCGGAAUUUGUUAACCCACGUUUAUUUAUAAACAUUUUACUAUCAAAUUAGCCCGGCAAACCAGGUCAUUAAAUGUGACGAUUAAGCUAAGAAAUGAUUUAAAAUAUGUUUUAUGAUAAUCGGUCCUGUUUUUGAAGUCUGCUCUAAAUCAUGGAUGGCAGUAUUGGUUUGGGAUGGUGAUUUUUUGUUAAUAUAUUUAUUUACAUAAGGCAAUAAAUGAUUAAUAGUUUGUUAGGCAUUUUCCUACCAGUAAUUUUAGGUAUGGGUAGGAAGGUUUGUUUUCUUCUUCCUAACCCAUUUAUUCCAUAAUGGAAAUGAUGAGGGAAAAAUCAUAUCAAGAAAAGAAUAUUCAGACUGCAGAGGCUAAACAAACUAUUUAUUUAUUGUGGCCUAAUGUAUAUAAUUGUAUUAAAACAAUAUUUGUUCGCAAUCCUUGAUUGAUGCUGCAGCCUAUGAUCUAGAUAUGCUUCUUAAGAGUAACUUUGUGAAUAUUGGGCCAAUUGUUCAGACCUUUAUUAAACUUACUAAUGAGAUUUACAGCAUCGUUGUUAACUUUUAAAAGUUUACUACCGUAUUUGUUAAUGUGCUCAUAUAUUUGAAUAUAAACAAAAAUAGUUCAUAUAGUUGUCGCAAUUCUUGUAAGAAAUACAGCUGACAACAAGUGUCCCCAAUAAACUUCAAGAGCAGUAACAAUUUUAAAGUUAACAACAAUGACGUUAACAACUUUGAAGUUAACAACUAUAAAGUUAAAAACGUUGUUAACCAUAACAAAGUUCUGAACAAUCAGCCCAUUGUCUUAAAAUAAUCAUUUAUAUAUCUCUUUAAAAGUGUUGAACCCAGGAAUUGAUUUAUUAAAUGUGAUCUUGUUUAAUUAAGUGUUGCAACGAUAUUUUGUUUCAGUUUCAUCCUUGUCUUGUCAAAACAUUAGGGGUGUUGAUCAGUUUCAGUGAUAUAUAAAGUUUAAUUCUGGCUUAUGUUAGUCAGAACAUUGUAUUAUUUGCUAAAAGCCUUAAUAUGUUGUUAUUGUUUUGUUGAUUUGAUCAUUAUUAAAUUGUUUUUGUAUAA